AUGGCAUUAUCAUUACCAAAUGAAUCCUUGCAAGAAAUAUUUUCAUAUAUACAAUAUGAUAAAAAGGCCUUGCAUAGCUGUCUUUUUAUAAAUAGAAAUUGGUGUUGCAAUAUAAUACCUUUUUUAUGGAAGCAACCAUUUCAUUUUUGGAAAGAUAAUGAUGAACCAUCUCCAAAGCUCACUCGAGUAUAUUUGCAAUUCCUCUCCAACCAAUCAAGAGAACGACUUUCCACAAAACCUCUUUUGGUAUUACCAAGAGCAUCAAAACAACCUAUAUUUCAUUAUCCCACCUAUUUACAAAAUCUAGAUACAGAAAAAUUAUAUCAAGCAAGUCGAAGAUGGCUUGAAAAUAUUGAGCACUUAUUAGGAGACUUGGAUUACAAGGAAUAUUCUCGUGCAUUGGCUCAUGAACUUGGAAUUUUAUUUAUGGAACAAUGCAAAAAAAUUAUUCGACUUGAAAUACAUCAUGAAUUAGUAAUUGUAGAUUAUGAUACGGAUAAAUAUUGGUCAGAAGAACGUUAUGCGUUAUUAAAUGAUAGUACAUAUACAUCACUUCCACUUUUCUUUGGAGCGAGAAACUGUUUACGUGAUCUUCGUGAAUUUGAGUGUCAUCGACAAAAAAAAGCCGGGAUUUUGAUAAAAAUGGCAGAAUAUUGUCAUCAGAUUGAAAAAUUAGAAGUCUCUAUGUACAAUAGUGAUGAUUUAGCAUGUGACGUUGAAGCAGAAGCUAUAGGUUUAACAUAUAUUAUACAAGCACAACAAGGAUUAAAGAAAUUUAUUCUCAGUGGCAACAAAUACGAAUGGCCAAAUGUUACCGAAUCAUUUAGUAGUCAAUCCAAGACACUUACUUGUGUUGAUUUUUGUGAUCUAGAUUUUGAUCCAAUAUGUGAUCCUUUAUUGAAAUCUAUUUCUUUGUUAAACAACUUGGAGAAAUUAGCGUUUCGUUAUUGUUCACCAUUCACUGAACAAAACAUGACAUCAUUAUGUGAAGCACAUUUUCCAAACUUGAAAAAUCUGCGGAUAAGAGUAUUAGAAUUAUCACGAUAUUUUUCACCCGAAUCUCUUGAAUACUUUCUUAAAAAUUCUCAAGCACCGAUUGAAGUUUUACAUUUAGGGAGAUGUUGGAAAUUAAAUACAAAUCAUCUUGAUGUAGUUUCGAAAUAUGCAGAAUCAUCAAAACUUAAAUUGGUAAACUUGCGAUAUAUAUCAAAGAAAUUUCCACUUAAGAAAAUUAAACAUCUCCAAAGUCUCAUAGAAGAGGUAAUUACAGAAGAUUCGCCGUUGAAAGAAAAAAGGUUAUUGUAA